AGAGUCCACAAUAGAAAAAAGCCUCAAAUAUCCUCACUCACUCCCUCAAACUCCUUAGAAAACCACCCAUCCUAUAUCCUAAACCCAAAAGCUCAAUUUACCAAUUCAUUUUUUUAUAGUUCCCACAUGCACCUAACGUAAGAAAUCCUUCACCUCUUUCCUCCACUUCUAUCCUUCUCUUUUCCCAAUCCAUUAACCUCAUUCUCAUUCCCACACUCACACUCAAACCAUAAUUCACACCCAACACAACACAACACAACACAAUCUCUCAAGGAUCCAAAUCCACCAUGCUAAUCAAAGGGCAUCAAAUUAAGUUACCAAUGACCUUAAACUUGGUCCUAGUCUUUGCCCUUGUUUGUUUCACAUCUUCGGUCAACGGUGUUGGAUCAAGGAAACUUGAUGAAACCCAAGUGCCAUCCACCAACGGCACUGAAGUCAAGUGUGGACCAUGUGGCACCAACUAUCCAUCGCCACCGCCUCCGGCGAUACCACCACCGUCGCCGCCGCCACCAUCUCCAAAAAAACCAUCCCCUCAAUAUUGUCCGCCACCACCAUCACCAUCGUCGUUCAUAUACAUAACCGGGCCCCCCGGGAACUUGUAUCCCGUCGAUGAGAACUUCAAUGGAGCCUUCAGCCGCCGCCGGAGCUUCGCCGCCGCGGUGUUGUCGCCACUUUUGGUUGGCUUGGUUGCUUUGUGGUGAUUCGCUUGUGAAGAAAGGUAAUAGCGAUCAUUCGGAUCAUUUCUAAACACAAUGGAAAAAAAUUUAUGGUUUAUUUUAUGAUGUUAUGUUAUUAUAUGUAGUUAUGAUCAAUAUCAAGAUUUUACGUGUAAGGUAUAAGUCGAUAUAGAGAAUUUUGUACUUGGUAAUUAGUGUUCACACUUAUGUUCUCUGCGUUCUUCUUUUUAUGUCAUCACAAUUUGUUCAAUAAUAACAUUCUAUCUUGUAAUUCUAUGUCAAA